CAGUUAAUUGAAAAUACCUUUUUAAGUAUGUUCUUAUAGUUAUUUUCCGGAAUGCUGCCGCAGUUGUUGUUGUUAUUGUUAUGCUCGGGUGUAAUUUAGUAGGUGAGGGGUAUCUCUGAGUUUGACCGUGCUUGUUACGUGACGCUUCCGAAUUCCAUGCACUCAUCUCACAGCGCAGUAACGCCCCCAGAUCUAUUUGCGCAUUUGAUUGGCUGAGGCCGAACCCUCCCCAUGCAGGGCGGAUAAUGCUGCAGAAAGAACCACAUGUGCGGAUUCAUUCCCACUCAGCAGUGAUCAUGUAGCCUGCAGUAUACACUGUAAUCCUAGUAAAUGAUACUCAUCAGUAUUGACUUCUUUAUCUUUCGGUUUCAAGAAAGUGUUUAUAUUCUUACGCAUUAACUCAUCUAGAGUCAUUUAGAGUCUGAUUUGUAUAUAUUUAAUUGUCUUAUUUGAUUUUUAAUUUUAUUUUAUGUUUACUUCAAUUGCUGGACAAGAAGAAAUGGAUAUAAAGUCUCGUGUAGCCGGAGGUCGAAAUGUUUUGUGCUUGUUUGAUGUGGACGGAACGCUGACACCCCCGAGAGAGAAGAUCGACCCUGAGCUGGACGAUUUUUUCCAGGCCUUGAGAAAGAAGGUGAAGAUCGGCGUGGUGGGCGGUUCAGAUUAUUCCAAAAUCGCAGAACAGCUCGGAGAAGGAGGUGAAGUCAUACACAAGUUUGACUACGUCUUCGCAGAAAAUGGUACCGUACAAUACAAAGACGGAAAACUCAUCUCUAAACAGGCCAUUCAGAAUCAUCUGGGUGAGGAGUUACUGCAGGACCUCAUCAACUUCUGUCUCAGCUACAUGGGGCUCAUCAAACUACCCAAGAAACGAGGGACGUUCAUUGAGUUUCGUAACGGCAUGAUCAACAUCUCACCCAUCGGACGCAGCUGCACACUAGAAGAGCGGAUCGAGUUCUCUGUAAUCGACAAGAGAGAGAAGAUACGAGAGAAGUUUGUGGCGGCUCUGCAGAAGGAGUUUGCUGGAAAAGGCCUGCGGUUCACCAGAGGUGAGCAGGAAAUGACAUCACCAGCUCUCUGAUGAUCUGAAGCAAAUGAGCCGUGCUGAAACAGAGCUGUUUGUACCUGCACAGCACAAAAGACACACACGCACGCAUGCUAUCUAUGUUAAAGAUGAUAAGCGAGCGCUAACGGAUGCACUCGUGUGUGUUGACAGACCAAUGACCCGUGAGAGAAAACGAGUGUUUACUCGACAACCUGUUUGCGUUUGCUGUGCACACACACACACACGGUCGUGCGUUAGCUUUGACGUCUGGACUCCAUUUUCAGCAGUUCAGCUCAGUUUCUCACACACCGGCCUUAUGUUUUUCUUUAUCUGUGUGAUGGACAGUCAGAGGGGGAGGGGCCAGGGGUGUGAGGUGAUCAAGCCCUCUUAUUGGCUAUUGCUUGAGCAACUGUUGAGUCAGUGCUGGAAUGUUGCUGCAAGUCCAGUGGAGCGACACUAAUGAGUGUCUGUGUGAGUUGAGGGUGUGUGUGGGACGAUAAUUCAUUUUUAACGACUGAUUUCGGUCCUGCAGAGUUUUUCAAUCUCUCUGAGGACAAACAGUCACGGAGUUCACGUCUCUGAAGACCAGGCCCGGGUUAGGGAUUCAGAGACCCCUGGGCACAAUGUCUUGUCGGGCCCCC